AUGGCAAUGAAGAAGUGGCACAUCCUGCUGCAAUCCUCACCUGGCCAAAUUAUGCAGAUGACAACUAUAGCAAUUAUUGUCAUGUCUUGGACACUCUAUGAUAGAGCAGUUGUUGAAGUGCCUCCAGUCAGGAUGAAGAGCACCAUGAAGCUUGCAGGGCUAAGACUAGAUGUUUCUGCAUCCGCGUCAAUGUCUGCACAUUCCUCAGAUGCCAGCAUAUUUUUUUCUAGAUUGCGUAGUGUGCCAUUUUCAGAUAUGUUCAGUAGGGCUUGGUUUACACUACGAAGCAGUGGAGAACCAAUUGGAAAUACCUGCAAAGACAUUGCAACUGAGUAA